AUGGGCAGCAAAACGUCCAAGGUGGCCGGCACCGUGGAGAUCGUUGACCACAAGGUUGAUAUCCAAGAUGUUAACAAGACCAUGAAACUCAACGUUGGACUACUCCUGGGAUCCUGUCGAACCUGCGCCGCCAUUGUCAUCAACGAACGUGGAGAGGUCAACAAUAACGACGACAUCCGACAUACUAUGAUCAACAACAACAACUACAGCAACUGCAAGUACACCUACAACAACUACAGCAACUGCAAGUACACCUACAAUGAGAAGGGGAAUUCUGGAGGAGGAAGAAGAAACAACUACAUCUUCAACAACUACAUCUGCAACAACUACAUUAAAAAGAGAAAUUCUGGAAGAAGAAACAACAACAACAUCUUCAACAACUACAUCUAUCCAGAAAGGGGAUGGGAUCAAAAGGAAAAGGAGUAG